AUGUACCAACAACAGCAACAGUACUGGGCGGCGAUGCAACAGCAGGCAGCCAUGUACCAGAUGCCGGCUAUGUAUCAGUACGCUGUGCCUGCCGCAGGAGCUGCCCAGCCAGCACACGAGCAGGCGGCGCCCACAGACGACUUUGGCGAGUUUGCUUCCGCUGCUUCUGCAGACGCGGCUCCCUCCGCCUUCCACACUACGGGCUUGGCCUCUGCGGUUCCCUCCUCCUACUCUACCUUCGGCUCGAUGAUGGGUGCUUCGCUCCCUCCUCACGCUGGCCUCACUCCGACACCUGCUGCACCUGCCGGCACCUCUUCCUCUUAUUCGUCUGCCUCCGCCUUCUCCUCCUUGAGUGCCACACCUUCCGCUGGUUCGUCGUCCGGGACAGUGAACAGCUUCUUCUCCUCCAUCAUGAAGCCCGCCGCAUCGACUGCUCUCGCCCCUUCGUCGUCGGCUGCUCCCGCACCCGCGCGGGGACCUAGCCUCAAUGCACUCGCCAGCGGACCUCCUCCAGCAACAGCUGCUUUCCGUUCCGGGCCACUCGCCUCGGCUUCGCUGCUGGAACCCUCCGUUAGCGUUCCGGCCUCUUCCUUUUCUUCUCAUUCUGCUGCUUCUCUUUCCGGCGAGUUCGAGGAUUUCGUUUCCGCGCCCAAGGCACCGCUCAGCAGCGGCGCACCCCAUUCCUCCCAGCCAAUGGUAGGUCAACCUGCGGCUGUUGAUGCUGCUUCUCAACCGCCGGCGGCAGCGCUCGCGCCUCUUGCACCCUCUUCCUCCCCAGCUCCUGCUUCCGCCGCCUCCGAUUUUGAUCUGUUCUUCUCCGCCGCACCGGCCGCGUCAUCUACGAGCCGCAUCGCCACGCCACCUGCUUCACAGCAAUCGUCGGCACCGUCACUUCUAUCCGCCUCCAUGCCGAGCCCCAGCCCACCGGCUUCCCAAGUCUCUGCUGGACUCCCGAGCAAUGGAUUCGAUGAGGACUGGACCUUUUCGUCCUCUGGUCCUAAGGCCGCGUCUACGCCAUCGGCGCCGAGCAAAGCGCCCGCGGUUCAGGCGCCUUCGUCAUCGAACCUCGAUGCGCUUAUGCACAAGUUCUCGAACAUCGAGAAGAGGACGCUGGCUGGGGAGGCGGCAAAGAAGCCCGACCAGGUCAGCCAGCCAGCACAGCCGGUCACUCAGUCGGCAGCCACGAAAGCGCAGAGCACGCGAGCCUUCAACUGGAACGACGACUCGUACAAGAAUAUCUUCGCGAACAUCGCCACCGAGGCACCGCAACCCAGCGCAGCACCGACUGCCGAAGUCGACGACUUUGGCGACUUCGUGUCCGAGCGUGCAACAUCAUCAGCGGAUGCUCUAGGAUUCAACGCGUCUGCGUACCCGGUCGUGGCCAGUGCCAAUGACUUCGCCAGCUCAACCUUUGCAGUACCCUCUCAGCAGCUGGCCGGCCACCAACAAUCCUUUGAGACCGCACCGCCCGGCUUUGCUGCUGCGUUCCCGCCCGCCGCGGCCUCGGGCAUGUCGGUCAGCGACUACAACAUGGCCGCCUACCACCACAUGCUCGCCGUGUCGGCGGCAAUGAUGCCCUACGCGACUCAACAACAGCCCACUGCGCCCGAAUCCGUGCCGAUGUCGGCACCAUCGGCUCAGCCCAGCCAAGCGGAAGACGACGAGUGGACGUCCUUCGCGUCGAACCCAUCCGCGGCCGCCGAACCUCCCGCGGCUGCGCCCGUAGCUUCGGAGCCUGCUUCCUCCUUCUCCGGCCUCUCGUUCGGCCCUCCCUUGUCUUCUUCCGCAGCUUCGUCGUCGUCAUCGUCCGUCCCGCCCUUCGCCGUUUCCGCCGCUCCACCGAUGCCCGCGUCAGCUCCCGCGGCAUUCCCGUCGCCCAGUUUGAUCGCCAACGGCGGUGGUAUUCCGCUGCUGCCCUCCCCCGACGUCGCCCGGGCGAUGGAAGCCGAAGCACGCAAGCAUCACCAUCUCGCCGCCGACGGAUCGGCUUCGUCCGAGUUUGGCAGCUUCGCGUCGUUCGACAAUGGCUCCGCGGCUGCCGCACCGGCCGGUGAGAAGGCCAAAUCGGCCCGCCCGGGCCAGGUGGACUGGCACGAGCAAGCCAUGCGACAGACCCUGGUCCAUCUCCAGCAAGGCUCGGUGAUCUUUCAGCAGCUUGUGGAGGUCUCCAACGCGGCCAUGCUCUCCUCGACCCUCCGUUCGGAGAAAGUUGACGCCUACCUGCUCGGGUUGUGCGAGGUGUACAAGAUCGGGAGGCGCGUGGGAAAGAAUUGGGAGUCGGACAUGGCCAAGGAGCUGGCUCUCGAGAUCGACACCGCGUGGGUGGUGUUCAAGGAGGUCAUCGCCGGUCUCAACUUCAAGCCCUUGACCGACCUCCAGCGGUGGCAGGAGCAGCUGGAGAAGAGCGACAAGCAGGCCUGGUCUGGCCGCUCGCGCUGCCCGUUGUGUCUCGCCUCCGUGACCCCGCUCGACGUCCAGCUCUCGCUCCAAGGCUCGCUCUACCACGCCCCUUGCGCCAACUUCUACUCAUCGCUCCGCCAGAUCCCCUCCAGCUGA